UGUCACUGCCGCACCUGCGCAGCCAUCUUGUACUUUGAGCGAAGAGCGGACACAGAAAGAAAGAAAAAGAAGAAAAUUAACCUGUCAAAUCAGACGAAAAUAGGAAUGUCUGUAAACGUUAUAUAGCCUCAUAACGAUUAGACAGCCAAGAAGGACAAGGGGAGUUAGAAAAUACGGUGAAAGACAUCCAAGUGCCUUGGAUAUUGAGACCGACAAUCCAUAUUUGCCUUUGAAAGCGGAGUGAGAGAGAGGAGGAAGGAACAGUGAAAUCGCCGAUAGAAACAUAUCCCGAACGUCAGUCAAAUCAUGAAUCCAGAAUAUGACUACCUGUUCAAGCUCCUCCUUAUUGGUGACUCCGGUGUGGGAAAGUCCUGUCUUCUGCUCCGGUUUGCUGAUGACACCUACACAGAGAGCUACAUCAGCACCAUCGGCGUAGACUUCAAGAUCCGCACCAUCGAGCUGGACGGCAAGACCAUCAAACUGCAGAUUUGGGACACUGCCGGUCAGGAGAGGUUCCGCACCAUCACCUCCAGUUACUACAGGGGCGCCCACGGCAUCAUCGUGGUCUAUGAUGUCACAGAUCAGGAGUCCUACAACAACGUGAAGCAGUGGCUGCAGGAGAUCGACCGCUACGCCAGCGAGAACGUCAACAAGCUUUUGGUGGGGAACAAGUGUGACCUCACCACCAAGAAAGUAGUGGACUACACAACAGCUAAGGAGUUUGCCGACUCCCUGGCCAUCCCGUUCCUGGAGACCAGUGCCAAGAACGCCACCAACGUGGAGCAGGCCUUCAUGACCAUGGCCGCUGAGAUUAAGAAGAGGAUGGGACCCGGGGCCACGGCCGGUGGGGACAAGCCCAACCUGAAGAUAGACAGCACCCCGGUCAGGCAGUCUGGCGGGGGAUGCUGUUAAACCGGGCCCUGUUCUGGAUGCUCACCUCCUCCUCCUGUCCCUCUCUGCCCGGGGCUUCACCUCCUCCACCUCUCCCUCCUCCACUUUUCACCCCUCAGCCUCCCUCCCAUCUCCAUCUCCCUUUCUCUUACCCUACAGUGAACCAAUGGGAACAGGGUUAAGCGAGGGAUGGGUGGUCAGGGAGAGGUUGAGAGAAAGGGGUGGAGUUGAAGGGCUAGAACUGGGGGCUGACUUGAAGACUAUCUCCCCUAAAAAAGUGUAUGGGGAAUAAUAGUUAGGUAGGGGUGAGGGGGGGUUUGAGGACCUUUUUUUUCUUUUUCAUUUUUGCUGAGCGAUGAGGCAGGAAGGUAAACAGAUAUGAGAAAAGAUUGGUAUUGAUUUAGAGGGGAACUGGGUGAUAGAAGAUUAGGUUUUAGAUUCUGGCGAGCGCUUAUCUCUCUCUCUCCCUCACACACACACACACACACACACAUUGAAAGUGGGUCGGAGUGAUUCUGCCAUUCGAGAUAGUCACAGGUAUGGGUCUCUCUUUCCUUCAGGCUAUGUCGUUCAUUGCAACCCAGUGAAAGUCAUAUAGCAAAAUUAAGUUUAGUGUGCUACAAUAGUCAUCUGUCUAUUGGGCCUAUUUUAUAUGUUGGGGUGCCUUGUAGUCAUGUUAAAGUCUGUCUACAGCAUAGAUUGAGUCACGUGCACCGUCUGGUCCACGUUUUAUGGCUCAAAUGCAAAAGUAACACUCAUGUAUUCAUGACUAUCCGUCCGUUAAACAAACUGAAUUGGCAUUGGAGCAGAAAGCAGACAGUUGUGCCACUACCAGCGUACUAAGAUUCUAGUGAGGCGGUGGUGAGUCAUCGAGGUUAUUAAUUGAUGGGGAUGCCCAUUUGUUGUGCUUUCCUCCAAUCGCUCGCUUUUUCUGCCUCUCAUCAACAGACGGGGGACAGAGGAGAGACUCAUACACUGCAGUCUGUGUGAAGAGGGUAUUCUGGGGGGUGGUGGGACUUCUCGUAGACUGCGUGCUUUAGGUUGAUUCGACACUCCAUGCAGAACAUGAGAGCUUUUGGUCAAACUUGGAAUCACUCCAAUCCCUCUCCCUCCAUCCUUCUACAUGCAGAAUGGAGGAUGUAGUGAGAGAAAAGGAGAGAGCAAGACAUUUCUUUUUGGUUCUGUAAUAUAUGGUGUUAGCCCACAUCACUCCUCCUGUUAGGAUUUCACAUAUUAAAGAACAAGAAUAAAAUAAAAAAAACAUAAAUAUGUGCGAUACGCUUAGGUCAUGGUUGUAUGUCUUUAAGUUGUCAUGACACUAUAACAUUAUAAAUCUGCCCUGAAUGCUGAUUUGCUGACAGCUGUGGAAUAUCAGACCGUCUGCCAUGGGUAUGACAAAACAUUUCUUUUUACUGCUCUAAUUACGUUGGUAUCCAGUUUUAUAAUAGCAAUGAGGCACCUUUGGGGUUUGUGACAUGGCAAUAUACCACGGCGAAGGGCUGUGUCCAGGCACUCCGCGUUGCAUCUUGCAUAAGAACAGCCCUCGCCGUGGUAUAUUGGCCAUAUACCACAACCCCUCGGGCCUUAUUGCUUAAAUAUACCCACGGUGGUUCUUCAACAUACACAGACAGUACACACACACACAGAUAAAUGGGCAUGACAUACUGUAGUACUAAGUUAGGGGCGGGCGUAGAUAGGGGCUUGGGCAAUGCAACUGAUAUUCAACAACGAAUUAAUAGGACAUUGCUCUGACACCAUAUUGGCAAUAUCCUACAUUCUGUGUUCAUCUUAAUAGAUUAUUAUUCAUAUUGUUUCAUAGGUAUUAUUACAAUGAUUUUAUUUGAUAAUGUUAUUUUUUUUGUAGAAUUAUUAUUAUUUUCUAAUCAAAUUGCUUGAAAUGCUGUCAAACUUACGUUAUUGGGUGGGUGGGUCGGUUGGGAUGUUGUUUUUUGGUUGUUGCUAGGUUUGACCGGGUCGGGGGAGUUUGUCUAUGAAAGCUACUGUUCCCUCCUGUGCCUUACUGGUCUCUUAAAGAUACUGACCGCAUGCGUAACUUAUGUAGCAUGUCACAGUCACACCACAGGUUCUUUAUGCCUUGGCCAUGACCGACUUCUCAGACCGUGUUUCCAUUCCCCCCCUUUGUCUUCACGUGUCCCACAGUGCAUUUCCUUUUAUGGUUGUCACGGUUUCAUGUCAGUUAGUUUGGUUGCUAAGAAGCGUAGCCAGUGCGUCACGGUUUAAAUGGCCCAAGAUGACCUAAUUAUGUUCAAGCGGAGUCCCUACUCAGACCGAAGUCUCCAUACUGUACUAUGACCACAUGUCAACUCAUUACCUCAGAAGCUCUCUUUAGAUCAGUGCGUGAAUAGUGUUCUUCAAUGUUCAUCAUUGUCAACUGCUGGUUCCUGUAGCCUCUAUAUAGCCUAAGACAUUAAGUGUUCGGCAAGUCAGAAUGUGUGUUAAUGGUUCCGGCUGUCCUGAUUUUUCAGCGGCAUUCCUAUGGAACUAUGGAGCCUUUAACCCCUGACCUUAACCAACACUGGUGGUUUUUAAUUGAAUGCGCUGCAAUACAGUGAACAAGGCCUCUAAGCUUUUGUGUUCUAGACAACAAAGACUAUUGGCUUUCGUUGAUUAUUACAACUUCAGAUGUCAACCCUUUUUUUCCCAAGACCGUUUUAUGACUGUAGAAGUAGGCACGGUUACAAUCGGACUUUGGGAAGAUCUGUUCUCUGGCUUUGGUAGGAAAUUAGGGUGACAUGCUGAGAACCAGGACUAGACCUAAAGACGUGACAGCACUAUAGUGGGCCUGUAUGUGUGUGGUAUUGAUACGCAGAAAGUGAUAUUCCUUUUAUCUUUAUGGUUUUCCCUUGUCUUGGUCUUGACAGUCUGAAAUCAUCCAGUAGUGUGUGUGUGUGUAACAGUUCUAAUCUUGUACCUGUAUAGCUAUGUAAAGUGCAGACAGGGAGGUUCUUACUUUUACGACAACUAUAUAAGCAAUUUAUGGUCAUGCUAUUUGGUCAUUAAGCCUGGUUCAGUUUGGCUUCAUUGGGUUUGAUCAUGUUACGUCAUCAUGGUCAUGUUACGGUCAUAGAGCAUGGUUGUGGUCCUAGGUUCUGGUUCAUUGGGUUGAAGUGUUUGACUGUGCUUGAGGGGUUAAGAGGGACUGACUGGUCUUGCCAUGCAGACCGGGUAUGAACUCCCAUCAACCUCCUUGUAAAAGCCAAUCCAUUUAUUCAAACUCAACCAAUCCAACAAUGUUCUCUGUGACCGGUUCCAACUACUUAUCAUUGAUAACGGAAUCUCGCUUGGACUUUGGGAGCAUUCCUGGUGUUGGUCUUCGAGAGAGACUUGCAAUUCCUCAGCACUUAAGGUGGCACGGCCUUGUCCUCCGGGCUCAGAGCUCCAGGUAGUGAGGUAUGCUAUGCAUUCCCCAUGCAAUUGCAAAGUGCAAUUUCAGCCUUUACAAACUGUGAUGUCCAAUUAAUAUCGAUGAGUUAGUGAGCUCUUGCUGUCUGCAGCAUAUGGCUACCAACCAGCCUAUGGCAUUCAUGUCUAGAAGAGUGAUAUUAGGGCAGAAUGCAGUAUCUCAUUAAGUGUGAACAGCAGGUUUAGAGAAGGUGUGACUCUUUUUAUAUGUAGGGUAGUAGAUACAGUAGCCAUCUUAGCACUUGUAUUUUUAGUAGAGCCCUUACAGAUAGGGUGGGAAAACUAGGCUAAACCCCGUGACACAAUGCAAGACUCAACCGAACUGGAUUGUGCUGGCUCAUUUUAUGCUUAGGCAGUUUGGUGUGAUGAAUUUGAGAAUCUGGUAGUAAUCAGCUGACUGUCACUGGUAGGAAGGGAGGGAACAGUAGUAUGGAGGUGAGGGGGGGGGGGGGGGGGGGGGGAGACGGGGUUGGGGUUUGUGUGUGUAACAUUCCUGCUCUCUGAACACUGGCUUUUCCCUCAAAUCUUACAUGAGCCCUUCUGCGAAUGAAACGAUUGUUUGAAACUCCACAAACAGACACGCUCACACUUGGUCACACGGACAUGCUAAAAUGGACGUAAAAUGGACAUUUCACGCCAUUAACAGCGUGAGUCUCCUUUUUGAUUUGUUCUGAAUGUGCUUUUUCCUUCCAAGACGUCUUCAUAUUCCACUGCUUUUAAUAUAUGAAUUGAAAAUAUACUGUGGUAAUAUUGUGUCUUCUGGUCCGUCGAAGGAGAAGAGGGAGGGGUUUAGGAAAUGUGGAUGGUACAACACAUGGGGUGUGGAGUUAGGGGCGGGCUCUGGUUGGGAGCUUGCUCAUGAAUGUGAUUAUGACGGAACUAGAAUCUUGCUAGAAUCCCUAGAAUGUUUUUUCCCAUGUCAUUUUCACACUACUUUGUUGCUCUUCCAUGGCUUAAUAAAGGAGCACGCGCUGUUCUUUUAUACCGAG